GCGGAAGAGGAGCGAGACGACAUGGAGCGGGUGAAGGUGGACAACAAGCGGAUCCUGUUCAACCUGCUGCCCGCCCACGUGGCCCAGCACUUCCUCAUGUCCAACCCACGCAACAUGCGGCAGCCUGUGCCCAGCCCCGGGGCGACGUGCUGCGCGCGCUCCCUGAAGCUCUGGGAGCUCGUGUCCCGUGGCUGCGCUCGUGCGGCAAGGCUCUCAGAACUGCCGUGGAACGCGCCAGAGCCCCAGACUCCAGGCGAGGUGUGGGUUGGGUUCCGGGUCCUGGAGGCAGCCCGGGAGCCCAGCCCGAGUCUCACCCUCCCGCUCGGCUGUGCAGAGCCCUCCCCUGUGGGCUCUGAUUACGCUUACGUGGCUGAGCUCGGGGACGAGGACCUCUACUACCAGUCCUACUCCCAGGUGGGCGUCAUGUUCGCCUCCAUCCCCAACUUCAACGACUUCUACAUCGAGCUGGACGGCAACAACAUGGGGGUGGAGUGCCUGCGGCUCCUCAACGAGAUCAUCGCCGACUUCGACGAGCUCAUGGACAAAGACUUUUACAAGGACCUAGAGAAGAUCAAGACCAUCGGGAGCACCUACAUGGCUGCAGUGGGGCUGGCGCCCACGGCCGGCACCAGGUACUGGGUUAUAGCUGAGUUCUGGAUUAUAGCCGAGUACUGGAUUAUAGCCAAGUACUGGAUUAAAGCCGAGUACCGGAUUAUAGCCGAGUACUGGAUUAUAGCCGAGUACUGGAUUAUAGCCGAGUGCCAGAUUAUAGCCGAGUACUGGAUUAUAGCCGAGUGCCGGAUUAUAGCUGAGUACCGGAUUAUAGCCGAGUACUGGAUUAUAGCUGAGUACCGGAUUAUAGCUAAAAAGUCCAUCUCCUGCCACCUCAGCGCCCUGGCCGACUUUGCCAUCGAGAUGUUCGACGUCCUGGAUGAGAUCAACUACCAGUCCUACAACGACUUCGUCCUCCGCGUGGGCAUCAAUGUGGGCCCCGUGGUGGCCGGGGUGAUUGGCGCUCGCCGGCCGCAGUAUGACAUCUGGGGGAACACGGUCAAUGUGGCCAGUCGGAUGGACAGCACUGGCGUCCAGGGCCGAAUCCAGGUGACGGAGGACGUCCACCGGCUGCUGAGAAAGUGCCCCUACCACUUCGUGUGCCGAGGCAAAGUCAGCGUGAAGGGCAAGGGGGAGAUGCUGACCUACUUCCUGGAAGGCAGGACCGACGGGAGCGGCUCCCAGCCCAGGUCCCUGAGCCUGGGGCAGAAGAUGUGUCCUUACGGGAGAGGUGGCCUCCAGGCCAGGCGCCCCCCACUGGGCCCUGCGGCCGGCCCCCUGUGGCCCUGCCGGGGUCAGGCCAGGCUGGCGCCAGCGUCAGCACUUUGGGAGAUCCGUCGGACUCGGGGCGAGGGCGCGGAAGUCUGGCUGGCGGUGACCAAGGAGACCCAACACAGCUCCGUGUCCAUCCGGCCCGAGCGGAUCCUGACUCCAGCCAUGAGCGGCGGCCUUGAGAGCCAGAAGGGAAGGCUGCGUCUCCACGACGGCCCCUGGUGA